GGCGCCCGCGCUGCAGGAAGGAGGUGCCCGCUCUCAGCCGCGCCUGCCCCAGCGCGCCGAUCCGCACCAUGCCCCGCAUAGAUGCCGACCUCAAGCUGGACUUUAAGGAUGUCCUGCUCCGACCCAAGCGGAGCAGCCUCAGGAGCCGAGCCGAGGUGGACCUUGAGCGUACCUUCACAUUUCGAAACUCAAAGCAGACCUACUCAGGGAUUCCCAUCAUUGUGGCCAACAUGGACACCGUGGGGACAUUUGAAAUGGCAGUGGUGAUGUCACAGCACUCCAUGUUUACAGCAGUUCAUAAGCACUAUACCCUGGAUGACUGGAAGCUCUUUGCUGCUCAUCACCCAGAAUGUCUGCAGCACGUAGCCGUGAGUUCGGGCAGUGGGAAGAGCGAUAUGGAAAAGAUGAGUGGCAUCUUGGAAGCGGUGCCGCAGGUCAAGUUUAUUUGCCUGGAUGUGGCCAACGGGUACUCAGAACAUUUUGUGGAGUUCGUGAAGCUGGUGCGUGCCAAAUUUCCAGAACAUACCAUCAUGGCAGGGAACGUGGUAACAGGGGAGAUGGUGGAAGAGCUUAUUCUUUCUGGAGCGGACAUAAUCAAAGUGGGUGUCGGACCAGGUUCCGUGUGUACCACCCGCACCAAGACGGGGGUGGGCUACCCCCAGCUCAGUGCUGUGAUCGAGUGUGCGGACUCUGCCCACGGCCUGAAGGGUCACAUCAUCUCCGACGGAGGCUGCACGUGUCCAGGAGAUGUCGCCAAAGCCUUUGGAGCUGGAGCAGAUUUUGUCAUGCUGGGCGGGAUGUUUUCAGGCCACACCGAGUGUGCUGGGGAGGUGAUCGAGAAGAAUGGGCAGAAGCUCAAGCUCUUCUACGGGAUGAGCUCCGAAACAGCAAUGAAGAAGCAUGCAGGAGGGGUCGCUGAAUACAGAGCAUCUGAGGGCAAGACUGUGGAAGUGCCUUACAAGGGGGAUGUAGAAAACACUAUUCUGGAUAUUCUUGGGGGACUGAGGUCUACCUGCACUUAUGUGGGAGCCGCCAAACUCAAAGAGCUCAGCAGGAGGGCGACGUUCAUCCGGGUGACCCAACAGCACAACAUGGUGUUCAGCUAACCUUGAGGAUGAGGUGACGUCCAGCUUGUGGAAGCUUCCACUCACACCUGCUUUCCCACCUCCCUCCUGUUACAUCAGAGUUUCUGGCUGUUCUGAGUGGUGGACGACUGCCUCCUGCUCCGCUACCCGCACCCUGGAGGCUCUGGGGCUCCCCUCGUGCCUUCGGGGGGCCCAGAAGAGGGCCCUGACCCAGUCAGUGGUCAGAGCCCAGCUGCCUGGAACUCAUAACCUCAUUGUUAAAACUAACUCACCUCUUUCUUUCUCUCUCUCUCUCUCUUUUUUUUUUUUUAAAGAGAAAUGGUUUCACUUUAAUAUAAUGCAAUUAUCUUAA